AUGUACAAGGCUCUACUAGCUUUGCUCAUAUUGUGCACUGUUUGUUGGGUCAUCCAACUACUACCUGUUAUUUCAGUCCCACUCACAUCUCACAAAGGAAACAUUUAUCUUUCACACUUUGAAAAUAUUAAAUUUGGCGUAUUUGGUAUAUGCGACACGCAAACUGGGAGGUGCAGUAGUCCCAAGAUUGGAUAUCCUUCCUCAAAUAGUUCAUUUUCUGAUUUAGAUAAUGACGUCGGCACAGAGUAUAGUGGAGUUGUCCUACCGUCGUAUGUGAGAUAUACUAUUUCGAAAUUAUUGGUGGUCCAUGUCGUGGCAUUCUGCUUUUCCAGUUUGCUUUUGAUUGUGAUUGCUUUGUUGUAUGCGUUGAAAACAUGGGACAGGAUAAAAGACCGUAGUGAGCGUCGCAGCCAGACGAAUGUGUUGGGCCACUUGAGGAAUGAAAGACGAGAGGGAAAUGAGGACCACAUUAAGUCUGAUGACGAAGAUGGGGCCAAUAUGGACACCAUCGAGACAAAUAUAAAAGAACGAGAUUUGAGCCCUUAUUUGAAUGCAAUGUUGUUUCUCACGAUUUUUUCUGUUUUAACAACGUUGUUGGCAUUUUUGGCUGAUAUUCUACUAUUCGUUCCUAGGUUGAGCUAUUUGGGUUGGAUACAGCUACUACCGAUUGUGUCAAUGGCAUUGAUCACCUCGAUGUUGUGCUUUAUCAAGCGGUCCAUAUCUAGCAGGAAAUUUUUCGAGACUUAUGACCACCCAUAUGCUAAUGAGGAGAUGAAGAUAUUGCGAAACAGAGCUAUGGAUCAAACUUGGGAUGACAGUUCUAGUGAUGAUGGUUUUGUUGUGUACACAGAUGGAUUCUAUACCAGAAAUGAAGGUGAAGGCGAUGAUGCGAGAGAUCGUGCCCAUUCUGCGGGUUCAAUUAGGAGUGGUAUACUACACAAUGAUGACAGGCGUAGUGAAGAUUAUUCGGUAAAUUCUAGUGGGGAGUCCAUUGAGUUAGACAACCCACGAUUGCGGUAA